CAAAAAUGCGCACAAAACUCACAACGCGCACGUUAGCACUGCUACCUCGAACGUUAAAUCGCACCCUCCACCCCUUCUUAUUAACUCCCCUCAUAUAACAACAACAUAACAUUUCGCGGCGAUUUUAUUAUUCCGUCACAAAAGAAGAAACAACCGUCGGAAAUAGAAAAGAGCAAACCCUAGGUGAUCGGAAUCAGGUUUUUGAUGGUAUUUUCCGGCGAGAAACAACAACCGUCGGAUGAACAGAUGGAGAGAUUGAAGCCGCUGCAUAAUUUCGAUCUGCCGUGCUUAAAGUGGGGGAAUCAGAAGCUGUUACGGUGUAUGAAGGCUGAUUCGAAAGGUGACGUGUCGGCGGUUGAUCGGAGACGAUCAGCGGAGUAUUCCGGUGGCGGUGGAGGUGUGUCGGUGAAUACGCGGCGGAGAGAUGUGGAAUUUGAGCGGCGGUUUAGAUCGAGUGAUGAUCGGAAACCUAUUUUUUCCUCGUCGGAGAAAAUGAAAGCGGUUUCCGGUUCCGGCGACGGUGAGAUCGAGGCGACUAGAGAGAAGCUGAUGUUCGAUUUUCAAACGGAGGUUGGGAAGAUGAAGGACGCGAUUCUCAGAGGAAGUUUUCCGGCGUCGGCGACUGUUCCGGCGACGACGUCGAGCUCUCCAGCGGAGAAGCCGUGGAAUUUGAGAACCAGACGAGCUGCGUGCAAAUCUCCGGCGAGAAACGGUGAUGAUCGGAAACCUAAUUUCUCUCCGGCGAGAAAUGAAGGCAACAAAUCUCCGGUAACCGUCGCCGUCACCGGAACGGUGAGUGGAGAGAAGAGAGAACGAGAGAAGUUUUCCGUUGCACUUUCACGGCGUGAGUUGGAGGAGGAUUUCACGGCGAUGACCGGCCGGCGACUGCCACGUAAGCCAAAGAAGCGACCGAGAUACAUUCAGAAACAAUUAGAUACCUUGUUUCCCGGAUUGUGGUUAUCGGAGAUAACCGCUGAUCUCUACAGAGUUCCUGACGAUACCGAAACCGGAAAGAGGUAGGAGUGAAGAUGCAUCUGAGAUUGUUACUGAUCAUCAACAAUGGGUGUUUGGUUAUAUGAUUUGAUGGUGGAUUUUUAGGUUUUUUUUAAAAAAAAAAAAAAAAUUGGGGAUGAUAAUUUUGCUUCUUGUAGUCAUAUAUGUUGAUAUAUAAGUUCCUCUUUUGACUGUUUAUGAUUGACCUGAAUAAAUAUGAAUAAAAGUGAAGUCAUGUUUAUGUUUUUCUA